AUGGCAGACAACAAGAGAAAUGUCAUUGAUCGCCAGUCGACAACGCCCUUCCACUUGAAGCUCUUCUAUCGCCAGAAUGCCUUCCACCACCUAUCCGACUUCCCCAUCCCUUCGCCCGGUAACCACGCGCCUCCUCUCCCCGCGCACCUGGAGAUCUACACCUGGCACUCGUGUACGCUGCGCGAACUCUCUCAGCUGCUGAGCACGGCGCUGCCCUCGCAAUUGCCCGACCCGGCUGCCGGAACGCGUCUCUGUUUCCGCCUCAUCUACCCGGACACGCGCGGGGCCGCAGCCGAUGGCCGAGGCCGCUACCUGAGCAAGGACAUGGGCAGCGUGAUCCUCGGAGCGAGCGAUCGGAAAGAAGAGGAUAAUAACGACCGUGAGAACGGCGCCCCGGGAAGACGCCGCUUCCAGGAGGACGACGCGGACAAGACGCUUGCCGACGCGCGAUUCGUGAUCGGGGACUACAUCGACUGCGCAAUCCUGCCUCCGCUCGAAGACGGAUCGGUGGCGCCGCCUAUCUCGGGACGGGGCACGGUCCCCAGCUCUGCGCUGGGAGGAGGCAUGAGAGCGUUUGGGGGACCGGGGCCGUCGCGAGAGAACGGAUACAGUGGUCGUCGAGGGUCGGGCCGGGGGCCUGGGAAUGGCAUCCCCAGUGACAUUAAUAUUUCCAGCAUGUGUUGA